AUGGACACUUUCCAGUCUCUUCAAUUCUCACUUUCCGCAUUGGUCUCAUACAACAACACCAGCCCUACAACUACUACCGAAGAGUCAACCACGAACACAGCACCCAACCAACCCGCAAUCCCCACAACCCCAGUCAUCAUGUCCUCCCAGUCAUCAGCACAGUCCACCAAAGACCUCCAAAAAUCCAUCAAAGAGACUCUCAAGACCUACGAAACCGCCUACAAGACGACCGUCCGCGAGGCCGAAAAGAAAUGCGAAAAGAUCCGUAAAGAAGCCGAUAAGGAGUUUGAGCGGGAGAAGGCGAUUAUCAAGGGACAUCGGGAUGCGAAAGAGAAGGCGGCCAAGGAGGAAUUUGGGAUUUUGAAACAGGAGGCCAAGGAUUUACAUACUCAUCUUGUGUUGGAGGCGGUUCGGAAUGCGAUUUUGGAUUUGAAGACGCGGAACCUUGUUGCUGGGCCAGGGAUGUUGGCGAGAUCGAACUCGGUCGUUUCGACAAACUCUGCAACGGGGACGGCGGCGAUGACACCGGCACAGGCGGCUGCGGCCGCGGCUGCAAAGGAGGAGGCAGAAGUGAAGGAAUGGGUUGAGAUCGCGGCUGAGAAGCUCGAUAUGCACAUGUCUCGCUCCGUCGUCCGUCAACGAGUCCUAGAAGAAGUUGCCUCGGGGGCCUUAUUGAGACAGUACCGGGCUCAACAGGAGGCUGAUCGACGGACUCAGGACCUGCAGCAGCAAAUUGAGCACCUCCAGAUGCUUCAGCGCCAACAUCAGCAGCAGCAGAGUCUACAUGGUGUGGCACCGCCGGCGUAUGGGCCUCCUGUGGGUGUUAGUGACGGUGAUUAUAGCCGGCUGUAUGAUGCUAAGAAGCCUUAG